AUGCAAAAUUAAGGUACAAUGACAGAUUUAAACGAGGAUGAUAUUAGAAGACUCGAUUAGCAUGUUAUGAGAAAUCCAAACAUUAUAUUGUCUUGUAUAAGGGUGCUAAAGAUGGAAGAACUAAGACGUACUAAUGAGGACAAUUCACGUUUGAUGAAUUUCAUGCGAUCUCAUUUAUAUUUCAAAGGAAGCUCGUCUUUAGAUUAUUUGUGGGAAUGUUGCUAACUGAUGAAAUUCGAACAAUUGAAAAAAAAUCAAAUAGUUUACUUGAGAGGCAGAGAGAAUCAGGAUCAAUUAGUAAUUUUAUUAACAGGAGAAAUGAGUGUCCAAUCUAAUGAAUAAGAGUUGUUGUGUACAAAACAUUUCGGAUCUGCUUUAAUAGUAUUUGGGAAUGAUUCAAGCCCAAACCUGAUAGUUAAGACCAAAUCUGUUUGUAAAGCAGCCGUCAUUUCCAAGUUGGACUUUAAAAUCAAUAUGUUAACACACGAGAUAUCCAAAAUAAAUGUUUUGCUCUAACAGAUAUAUGCAUUCCAUUUGUUUAGGACCCUGCCAUUCACUACAGUAAAGCAAUUCUUCCUCAACAGUUUUACCUAGCAUCUCUGCUGCUAAGACACACUGUAUAAUCAAAAUUAAAAGGCAUCAUAAGUGUUUUUAGUGAUAAGUGGAAUCUUUGAGUUAAGAGAAACAACAGAAACCAACACGAAAUCUAUUAACAUCUACACACCUGGAUAAUUGAUAGGAGAUUUUGAAUGUGUGAAUUUCUUCUAAACUAGAAAAUCGCAGGCUCUAUGCAUAAGUGAUGAAGGAGCAGUACUAGUUUUUGAGGGAGUUUAUUUUCUCAACUAGAUCUUACCUAAUAUACGAAAGAGCUUUGUAUCCAAAAGAACUAAUGAGAUUAAAUAGACUCAGAAAAGUAUUUAGAUGAAAAAGACAUUAUAAAGGAUAUUCCCAGAGUAACCCAUUGAAUAAUCAAUAUCAUCAUAAUAAUAACUCAAUUAAACAAGUACUAAGCACUUUCGAUUUGCUAAGCUAGCAAACCCUCGCUUUUUCAAGUUAAAACAGACUCCUGAAAAAUAAUUGAAUCUUUAAUAGAAUAGUUUAAGUAUUAAUAGGUCUUAGUAAUAAUUACUUACGACUAAAAGCCAUAAGAAAGUAUCUAUAGUAUCAUUUUCUACGAAAUAGGAACUGUUUUAAGGAAAUAUCAAAGGAAGAUUAUUAAGGAAUGAAUUAUUAAAUAAGUUUAUCAAUUAAUAAUCUGAAUAUUAAGAUGUGGUGUAAAAAUUAAGAAGAACGUAAUCCUAAUUGGGUAUGAAUAAAUGA